AAAAUACACUAAAUCAAAAUGGGCCGUAUGCAUGGUGCCGGUAACGGUAAAUCUCAAUCUGUCAUUCCAUACAGAAGAUCUCCACCAACAUGGUUGAAGGUUACUGCUGAAGAAGUUGAAGACAAGAUUGUCAAGCUCGCCAGAAAGGGUUACACUCCAUCACAAAUUGGUGCUAUCUUGAGAGAUUCCGACGGUAUUGGUAGAGUCAAGUCUGUCACUGGUAAGAAGAUCUUGAGAAUGCUCAAGUCUAAUGGUUUGGCCCCAGAAAUCCCAGAAGAUUUGUACCAAUUGAUCAAGAAGGCUGUUGGUAUCAGAAAGCACUUGGAAAAGACCAGAAAGGAUAGAAAGGCUAAGUACCAAUUGAUUCUCUGUGAAUCUAAGGUCCACAGACUUUCAAGAUACUACAAGAGCACUAAGGUUUUGGCUCCAAACUGGAAGUAUGAAAGCGCAACUGCUGAAGCUUUGAUCAAUGCUUAAAUUUUAAUCACUAUAAAAAAACAAAUAUUUAAAAUUCAA